CGGGUGCGUCCGUCGCUCGGUUCCCGACGCGGGGAACCCCGGCGAGACGAGAGGUUCCUCGCGACUCUCGCGGGAGGAGGACCACCGUCGCCUCUCUCCCCUCUCCAUCUUUCCGCGCGCGUUUGCCGCGCGUCGCGUUGUCAAGUCGCGGGAACCAGACGGAAGGCUAGCGCUCGCGCGCGCGCCAGCCACGUGAUAACGUCGCGACCGCCGACAGUGCGGCAGUCCAUCAUCGCGAGGUGCGUGCGCGCGCGUGUUCGAUUACUUCGACCGUCGGCGACUCAUAACCUACAAGGGCCCGGGCGCCCCGGUCCACACUCCUCGCAACGUUUCGAGCGGAAGUGAGCGCGUUCGUUCUCCGUCGGAAUCGGCCGCGCGUCUCUCGAGCUGCGCGAUCGAUUGCUCUCGGAUCAUCGAGCUGCGAAGUCACCGGACGAAGAAGAAGGAGAGACGAUAAUCCGAGGUGCUUCUUCGGAACUCGAGUGUCGAGCGUGCGAGAGGUCGUCGGCCCUCGUGCGAGAUCGUCCGACAUUAGCGACGAGGCGGGAGCAGCGGGAAAACGCGGGCAGGUGCUCCAUGUGUGUGGGCUAGAAUCAUCGACGAUCAUCGAGCGACUAGAGCUACCAGCCGUCGUCGCCACCAACAUCGAUCAUCGUAUCGUAUCGUCGGAUCGCCCUUAUAACCCAACCGCGCGACUCCACUUGCACGCGCGUCCGGUUAACUGUUGCGAGAAAAGGAAAAAGAAACGUGCCGGCGGACACGCGCGAGUUUCACGGCCGCGACCCGGAUCGCGGAUCGGCGAAGGGAAAGGCUGAACAGCGAGCGCGGGAGAUAGCUUGGCGGGCGUCGAGGUGCGUGCGCGCGCGUGUGCGUGAGCGAGCGAGCCGCGAGUCGGUGAUCACGCCGCAGUGCCGCGCGUCGCGUCGUUCUAGUCGCGCGCGUCUCGCGUUCGUCGUGCGGAGCGGCGACGUGGAGUUAACGCGCGUAGUGACUGCCCGACGGCGAAGGUAACGCGCGCGCAGGUGAAUUUGGUGCCUCCGGAUUAUCGCUGCGUGGCCGUGCGCGGCCUCGCGCGCGAGUACCUACGUGUACGUGUGCGUGCGACGUGUGUCGGAUAUCCGGCGUUCUCGCCCUCCCGUUUGGUGAAGUGCGCGACUGUUGACCAGUGAGAAGCAUAUAUUAUAUAUAUAUAUAUAUAAUAUAUAUAUAUAUAGGUAUAUACGUGGUGUGCCGCGCGUAUAAUACGUAUAUUCUCAUAUACGCGCGCGUGUACACACAUACACACGUACACAUAUAUCAUCCAGUGUGACCGAUUGUGCGAGUUCCGUUUCUCCCGUGUGUAUGCCGGAGCUUUCUUCGUCCGGACCUGCCUGUCUGUGACCCCCUUUUCCAUCGGUCAGCGUGCGUCCUCGACCGGGACAGACCGACGAAGGGAAACGCGGCGUGCGAACGCCGCGACGACGAAAGGAAUCGCAUCGAAGGUACCAACGCGUCGGCCCCGUUGUCGUGAAAAGCAUGAAGGCUGUCAACGACACGAAGUGAAGCAGGCCUUCUCCCACUCCCCGCCCAACCCCUGUGGAUCUCUCAUUUCCGAAAAACGCACUUGCCGAAACGAAACGACGAACGAAGAUUGAACCUUCUGGCUGUAAAACGUACAUUUUGGAAAAGGAACGUGAAAGGAGGGAGGCCAAAAGCUAGUAGAAUUUUAGUGAAAGUUCGAGGAAGCGCGCAGUCCCACGCGAGAUAAGCAUAUAAAUAUAUACAUACAUACAUACAUACGCUCUCCCCUCCAAUACCUACAUAAUACAUCAUCUAUAUAUGUACAUAUAUAGAAAGAGGAAACGAGAGAGAGAACGGGAGAAACACAAGAUAUACAUACUUAUAAAGAAAUAUAUAUAUAUAUAAAUAUAUAGGGGGGGAGCGAUUCCCGCGUGAGUGCGCGUGUACAUAAGAGCUAUUUUUCGUAUGAGAGCGAGAGAGACGCGCCCUGGCCGGCGAGAGGAAACGAGGCGCGACACGAGGUUCGGGAGCGUCCUCGAACGGGCGAGGAUUUAACGUGUCCCUGUUGAAGAGGAGAGCCGACUCGCCGUCGAGCGGUGAGAAACGGCGAAGAGGACGGCGAAGGGGAAGGUGGAGGCGACGACGACGAAGGGAGAACGAAAGGGAUACGCGCCGCGUCACGCUUGCCUGAACGUCGUUUCAAUGCUCCCCGGUCCGGAUCGCCGGUGUUUCUUCUCCCUCCCGCGCACGAGUAGCCCCCCUCGCGGAGACUGACCGGGCCGAGGUACUCCCGUGAGGAAUCACCGGGAAGCAAGGCAGGAAGGAAGGAAGGAAGGAAGAGGAAGAGGAAGGAAGGGCGAACGGUCGAAAGCAAAGCGGAAGGGUGAAAAAAGCGGAAAAGCGGAGAGGAAGGAAAGAAGAGGGAGAAAAAAGUGACAGAAAAAAGGAAGGGAAUAUAGGAGUGAUCGCACGGCAUCGAGAGGGCCGGCUCCAUGUUGUGAGCGUCUGAGGACUGCCGAGGGCAGCAGCGAAAGGGCGGAGUAGGGUGCCGCCGCCGUUAUGGAGUACGGUGGCGGGGGCGGUGGGGCACGCGGGGGUGUCCAGCCACCCACCGCGGGGGCAAGGGGCAUCACCGGCACCGACACUACCGACGCUGCGUGGCACAAGCACGAACAGAUGAUGCUCAUGGAGUCUAGGCACAAGCAACAAUUGAGCGGGAGAACGGGGACCGGUGGUGCGCCCCUUUACGGGCGCUUGGUGGCUGAGGAGCCCAUGCCCUCCGCGGUAUGCGGCGGUGGCGGUGCCGCGGGCGGCGGGGCUGCCGGCGGGGUUCCGCAGGAGACCCCCUCGGACAUUCACGCCAUGCAGGCCAGGAUACCCCACAGGUUUCGCGAUCCAGCGACGGCGCCCCUCAGGAAGCUCAGCGUCGAUCUCAUCAAGACCUACAAACACAUCAACGAGGUUUACUAUGCGAAGAAGAAACGGAGAGCACAGCAGAUGCAAGGGGAAGAUGGCUCGCAUAAGAAGGAGAGGAAACUCUACAACGACGGCUGGGAUGACGAUAAUCACGAUUAUAUCAUCAAGAAUGGGGAAAAGUUCCUCGAUCGAUACGAGAUCGAUUCGUUAAUAGGUAAAGGCAGUUUCGGCCAAGUAGUAAAAGCGUUCGACCACGAGGAGCAGACGCAAGUGGCAAUAAAAAUCAUCAAGAACAAGAAACCUUUUCUAAAUCAAGCGCAAAUCGAAGUUAGGCUAUUGGAAAUGAUGAACAGGGCGGACACCGACAACAAGUAUUACAUAGUUAAACUGAAGAGGCAUUUCAUGUGGCGGAAUCACUUAUGUCUGGUGUUCGAGCUGCUGUCGUAUAAUCUGUAUGACCUACUUAGAAAUACGAAUUUCCGCGGUGUGUCGUUGAACUUGACGAGAAAGUUUGCGCAGCAACUGUGUACUGCCCUCUUGUUCCUGUCUACGCCGGAAUUGAACAUCAUCCACUGUGAUCUGAAACCCGAGAACAUCCUCCUGUGCAAUCCGAAGCGAAGCGCGAUAAAAAUAGUCGACUUCGGCAGUUCGUGUCAACUUGGGCAAAGAAUAUACCAGUAUAUUCAGUCCAGGUUCUACAGAUCGCCGGAAGUCCUGUUAGGAAUACCCUACGACCUCGCGAUAGACAUGUGGAGUCUGGGAUGUAUUUUAGUAGAAAUGCACACGGGAGAACCUCUGUUUAGUGGGGCCAAUGAGGUCGAUCAGAUGAACAAAAUCGUGGAGGUACUGGGGAUGCCGCCGAAACAAAUACUGGACCAAGCGCACAAGGCGCGGAAGUACUUUGACAAAGUCUCCACGGACGGCUCGUACGUGCUGAAAAAGUCCAAGGACGGUAAAAAAUACAAACCGCCCGGCACGAGGCGGUUACACGAUAUUCUAGGUGUCGAGAACGGCGGACCGGGCGGUAGGCGGAUAGGUGAGCCGGGUCACUCGAUCUCGGAUUAUCUCAAGUUCAAAGACCUGAUCAUACGGAUGCUGGACUUCGAUCCGAAGAACAGAGUGACGCCGUUUUACGCGCUUCAGCACAACUUCUUCAAGAGGACAACCGACGAGGGGACCAAUACGAAUAUCGCCGCCGCGAAUAGCGCGAGCACGAGCCCGGCGGUGGUGCCGAUGAACCAGGAUCACGGACUGGUUACCAUGUCGGGACAGGGUGGCGGCAGCAGCAGCAGCAGCAGCGGCGGCGGCGGCAGUCUGCAGCAGAUGCAAGCGUCGAGCCUACCCGGGGGUAGUGGCGGCGGCAGCGGUGGUGGUUACCAGCCGAUGGACUGCGAAUCCUCGCCCCGUCACUCGGCCGGUCGGCGUGCCAUAACAACGGGCUACCCGUCGACAUCGUCGGCCACUGGAGUGCCCGCGUCCGCCCCGAUGUCCAUGCAGUCCAUGGACAGCUCCCUGAUACAGAGCUCUCUUGGAUCGUACAAUAGCCUAAUUCUUCCCGGUAUAUCCCAUCUGCCUGCGAUGAUGACCUCGCCAAUGAUCCAGCAGCAGAACUUCUACAACUACGGCUACUCGGCCAAUGACGCGCAUGGAAUGGUCAGGCAGCCGUCGACAGUGUCAACCGGCAACCAGCGUGAUCCGGAGAGGGAGGACAGCCCGAUGGUCGGGGUGUGCGUACAGCAAAGCCCGGUCGCUAUCCAUUGAGGCGGCGUUUGUAGGUGGCAACCGACGGUGGGACAUACACAACCUGUCGCGAUCCGCAGGACCGAAGACAGAGGAAGAGGAAGGAGACGACUCCAGCUGAUUCACGGACGGUGCUCGUGGCGUACUACGAGGAAGAGGCGAUCACGUGGCGAAGAGGAGGCGACAGAGAGGAAAAGAGAGCGAGGAAAUGGCGCGGCAAACAUCUCGAAGUCGUUCCCGCCCGAUGCUGUUUUCUCAGCAUAGAGCCGAAAAGAGUACACGUACACGUACACACGUACACGUGCAUACAAUACAUACACAGAGACACACAUACACGCGUAUAUAGUGUCGUGAUUAGCGUUUCAACUUUGGCGAGUGAAUUCAACAAAUCUUUCUUUUGGCCGAACAAUCUCUCUGAAAAAAACAAGAGAAAAUAUAAAAAACGGAAUUUUCUGGAAAAUCAAAAGACGCGAAAACGGAUAUCCGCAAGUCACAACAAGGCCCGAAUCUCUCUUUCUCUCUCCCUCUGUGUGGAGAAUCACGAGGGAGAAGCGGAAGAGAAGAGGAGGAGAAGGAGGAGUAGUACUCUAAGCUCGACGGCGUUAACGACUGUGCGAAGGAAUCCAACGAGUGAAGGAGGAGAGGAAGCAAGAGGAACGAGCGUAAAGGGGAGAAGACAGAUGCAAGGGGGAAAAACCUCUGUUUCUUGUUACGUUGCUGUAUUUCCGUAUUUUUUAUCGAGCUGACCUGGUCCCACGUUGGCCACGUUGGUGAAACGUACACGUGGUGCCCGACGCGGGAGAAUUUAUACACGAAGGCUUCGAGCACGGACAGACAGUCUAUGGUCUAGUGAGGAUGAACCCAGCUGGCCUCUCGGGUCCUGCCCGAUUUCCACGGACACUUCCGGGCAAGUUUAGCUUGGCGGAAGGCAAGAAAAAAAAAGAGAAGAGAAAAAACGCAAGAAGAAGAAAAGAGACGGCUGAGCAGAAAACUUUCGGCAACCAAAACUGUGUGGCCUAGAGAGCGAAAAAGUGAUAAUUACUAUUAUUACCCGCGUAAAGAGAUGACGAGAAAAAGAGAGAGAGAGAGAGAGGACGAAGUAAGAAUAUUACCAAUGUAAGCAUGUACUCCAAUAGAGUUUUAUACACGAUGUCACGAAAUGUAAACGGUUUAGCAAGUACUUGCGAGCAAACAGUCGCGUUGACUGCUAGUUAUUUGUACAAUACACUUAGGUGAAUGAUAAGAGUGCAGCUUUAGGGGGUUUAACUUUUAAGUGUGAGGAGGUAAUACACUACACACCAUACACACACACACACACAGCCAUCCAACACAUACACGCGGAACACUAUACGCAGAUAUAAACUCAAUCCUUCAUUUACUUUAAUGGAAAAUGAGGAUGUCGCAAACGUCAGUUUGUUGCUGAAUAAGGACUUUAAACAAACGAGGUUUGCAUGGCUUAAAAAAAAACGACAAGUACAUAUUUAUACAUAAAGGGAGACGCAGUUAAUAAGAAAAUUAAAGAGCAGCGUACACGUAAGACCGAUAUCGAGAACGGUAUAAUCAUACGAAGAACCCUAGAUACCUUAUGAUAAACGAUAAACGCGCGUAAUCGCAUACGACACACAUGUUUCCGGCGCCCAAUCGUCAUUGAUUUUUGCCGUUUCGCUCCGAGAGAUGGGUCACUGCGCUCAUGCCACUUGUACUGCAAGUCGCGGCAUUCAAUCUAUUUAUUUCCACAGAAACGAUCGCGCGGGGUGAAUUCCGCUUUUGUUCGGCCAGAUGUUUUUAAUCUCCAGUACAGAGCGUACAGAGCGAGAUCUUUUGAUAAUUUAUCAUAACGUAUUGUAAGACUAGAUGACGAACAAAGAUGCAGUCCGACAAUUUUCUGUUUUUUUUUUUAUUCCUUCAGUCAAUCGCGUUUUGCCAUGAAACUGUCAAUCGUGUAAAUGUAUCAAUACUAGAUGGCAGACUAUGUAUUCAGACGCAAUUGUAACGGAGAUUUCUGAUCACUCGAGUCUUAAAGAAAAGGGAAGAAGAAAGUAAGCAGCACGAUUUUUAUCAGAAGCUGACGAUAAUGCACGCUAAAAGAAAAAGAUCCUCGAAGGAUCGUGCGCCAAGUACCAGGUCUGCUGCUCACAUGGCACGUUUUAUAUGUUUGCGGCUUUUAUACUUUCAUACACACAAACGCGUGAGAAAAGAAAUGUUACGCGGAUAAGAUUUAGAGAAUAUGCAACUUACCUUUGUAUUGUUUAUUGUAUUAUAAGUGAAACGAGCGACGAGAAUAUUUUGUUGACGGAUCGCUUAUCGAUUUACUUUAGUUAUUUUAGGAUGUUCUGGAUCUAAGUUUACCGUUUUCAAAAGAUCUCUCAGAGGAACACAUGUCAUCUUUAACAUUUUAACUACGAUAUAUUAUCUUUUUUUCCCCUUUUUUUGUUUUGUACAAAAGUUUUAACGCGUAACGAUAGCGGCGGCGAAGCAACGUUUCUGCACCUUGCCUGCACGAAACUGCGACUAUUGUCGAAAAAAGAAAAAGAGCAUGACCAAACAAGUGACGACCAAGGGGAUUCUUACGACGUAUUUUUUUGGAAAAAAAGCCAACGGGAGUCCCACUCUGUGAAAUUUAGAUUCGAAUUCUUGUUGUAUCAGUUGUAAAUAUAUGAAAAAUAUAAGACAUAUAUAUACCAUCUCUCUCGAGUAGCUGAGAAAAUUUUGAAACGUCACUCGAUUUGCUGAAUGAUCAUUUUAUUCUCGUGCGGCCUCUCUCGAAUCGUUUGUAUAUUUUUAUACGCACUUCGACAUACCUAUAUGGAAUUGUUCGCGGAUGUCGUUAUAAUGCGACUCCACGUUGCAACCCAGACGUCGAACUUCGUCCGUGUAGUCUCUCCGACGAGUAGCAAAGUUGCAAAGUUCACGGAUAUCUAAAAGGAUUUUUUAUAUCGCAUUAAGAUCUAUGGCAAUCGGUGCUUAAAAGACGUGCGAAAUUCCGGAGUCGCGAUGAAUCUGCGUCGCGAUCAGACCACCACGGAAGCAAUACUUAAAAAUGCUUAAAAAUAAUAAAUAGAUUCAACGUGACGUGAAUAAAAGUUCCAAUUAAAUAUGUCUGAAAGGGAAGGGCAAUGGCUCUCGUGAGAUCAGCCGAAACGGGACAAUACGUCGCACAUCUCUUCUUACCUCGGACGAUCUUUUGAUGAUUUCGACGGUUGAGAAAAAAAGUUGAAGAGCUGUAGAACGUGAUUUAUAAUAAAAGAUAAAACUGGCGCAACUCUCCGCAACAAGUCUCGGGCGUCGCCGCCAGAUACCUGUUGUUGAACGGCAAAAAUCAGUACGCUCCAAAAAAAAUGUAUAAAGGCAACGUGCGACAAACAGACACACGUAUACAGACAUACACGCACAUACACAUACGUACAAGCACACGCCAACCCCUUCCGAAUUUUCACGUUGCUGCGCGCGUUGUGCCCACCGGUCCUGGACCCGUCGGUUCAUUGCAUUCUCAUCGCCGCGCAGGAGGAAGUAGCGAGAGACCAGUCGUUCCAAAUCAGACAGAUCUAUUUUUUAUCAUCGAGGAUCAUUCGCCAAUCUGUUCAUCGCAUGAUACUGACGCGCUCGCGCGUGACAGGGUACCGCUUGUAAGAUAAUUCAUCGGACGAAUUCGUACUGCGAUGUAGUAACGUAUCACCAGAUUAACAGCCGGCCUCCCCCGGGGAAAGUCGGCUGGACUAGACACAAUGCCAUCCGACCCACACGACGGACUCCUGGGCGCAGCGCCGCGUUUCCUGAGUGAUGCAUCGAAGCGCGUUGUUCUUCGUUGGACGAUUGUUGAUUUCGACGGGACGAUCGUCGCGUCGUUUCAUCCGUGUAGCGAAGCGAUUGGAUUUGUUGCAACGGCGUCAACUCCAAGCGGGAUCGUACGACCGCCGCUGCGGCCUCCGUGAACGGUCCCCAGGGACCACCGGGAGGGGCGCGGGCGCAAAUUUAGGGGUAGUUUCUCUUUCGAACGGCGCGGGGAGGCGGUCCUCCUCCGGUAGGAACGAUUCUACUCUCCUUUUCCUGCUUCUUUUUAUUCCGUACGGCGAUCGUGAGUGAAGCAGCAGCGAAAAAGCGUGGGUGCCGUUUGGUUUCGCGCGAGGACGCGGUGGCGACGCAAGACGCGUUAGAGGGGGUGGUGCGUUUUCCUCCGGCAGGCCUCCCGAUGGAAGAAGGACCGCGCGAAGGCCCGCGAGAGCGGCGAGCGGGACGAGAUGCCCCUUUCCCAAGGAGCGGGAUUCCUUUCUUUCGCUUCCCGACGUGCGCGUUCGUUUUUCAGUUGAAGAGCUCGUCGCCCUGGAACGGAUUUGUCCACUCAACCGCUGUCGGAAAAAUGCAAAGUAUUUAAGCCAAUUAGCAGACAACAGAGAUGUAUACAUUUAAUAGCGUAAGGGCCGGCCGCGGUUCACGUUCCAAACGAUUCAUCGCCGCGAUCUCACGCAUGUGUGUGCUGAACUGUUUAUCUAAAUAAAUUAUUCAGAUUUCAUUCGUUCAGAACGACCAGACGAGGGGAAAGGAACGAGAAAUUGUAAUUCCGACGAUGUCGGUUCCGAUGUUCCGCGCGCCCGCCGCGUCUGCGAACGUUUACGAGAGCGUACUUUUUAAGGGAUCUACUUAAUCGUUUACUGCCUAAUGUAACUCGUGAGUCACGUACCGAUCUGUCUCCAUCGUUCAGUUUCCUGUCUAUCGUUCCCUUCGUCGUUUCUCGAUUGCAUCUCUCGCAAAUCUCAGGAUAUCAUUUCGAGGCAGCGGAUGGCUCAGUUUCGUAACGUGCUGCAACGCGCGUUUGUUAAUUACUGUCACGUUGUUGCCUUCUGGCAGCUAAAUUCCUCUUCCGUGUGUACGUCUGUGGAUUGUUUGCCCUUGCGACGCGAUUGCACGUUUCCAGCGUGUCAGUCUCGGUUGAACGACAGGUUCAACGCGCGGGACGCGCACGCGGGGCGGCUUUUUCCCCGCUCGUGCGAGUCGCGCGCGCAAACGAACGAGCUCCACGGGGCCGUGGGUCGUUGGAACGUGUCCGCCGCAGCGGAACAUAAAGUAAACCUAAGUUUCCUAACGUCAUGUGUAAAAGCAUUGUGUUCAGAAACAAAUAUAACUAUAAUACGACUGAUGAUGCGCCUGAGAGGCGAUGUGCGAGCGUCCUUUGAGAAAUAUUAAGCGUGAGAGAGAGAGAGAGAGAGAGAGGAUGGUGAUGUCUCGAUGUCUCGUUCGGCGAUGAUGUGCACCAAUCGGGACAAAAAAGAAAUAUAAGGAAUGAAUGCGUGGAGUGCGAGAGGAUGCGAGAGUGAGAGAGGGUAAGCGCGAGAGUGUGAACGAGAGAGAGAGAAAGAGAAACACAGGUGAAUUAAGAAACAAAAAAAUCCGAUUUAUUAAGAUGGAAAAAAAAGGAUAAUUAACAAGACUCCAUACCGGAUGAAGGAACUUGUAUCUAACGUGUAUACAUUGUCAUAACAUUAUUAUGAUGAUUAUUAUAAUUAUUAUUAUAUAUAAUAAUGUAAUUGAGAAUUUGAAACGAUAUUACAUAAGGUUAAUAAUAAACAAAAACAUCUUCACCUU